GCGAUUCUGACGACGACGGUGACAACGACGAUCUCGCUGCGCUUGCGCUCGUGGGGCUCGCUGGGAAUGACAUCCAACGGCCACGAGUCGCACCGGGAACCGGGAAGGGAGCUCGUGGCGCAGAACAGAAAAAGUAGACGGCGACGCAGUGAAUUGCGUCGCUUAAGCGCUUCGAGGAAGUUCUACGUGACGAAAAACACGGGUUUAGCGAGGACAGAUCACAAUUAUUGGUCUCUCAACAAGGUGGCGAAGAAGUUCAAGUUGAAGUCGCCGAACCCGGUAGUCGUUCUGAGCAAGCAUCUCAAGGCGCGCGGUGUGAAUUCGCGCCCAGUGGCAAAUGGUGGCCAAGAUAACCCCUUGCGCCCGAUUUUAAGCGAGACUUUGACAUCACACACAAAGCUGAUGACGCUGGUGACUGAUUUCGUGAAAGACAACGCGGUCAAGAUCAGAUCGACCGACGUUGCAUUCCUUCCCAGUGGCGUCACGAGCGACGCCGCGAUGGCGAGAGCCGAACUCGGGGUCAACAACGCCAAACGCGCGGUCGCGGAUGCUAAAAGGAAGAGGCAAGACAAAAAACGCAAGGAGGAAGACCUCUUGUGUCAAGCAAUUCAAGAUGCGCCCGCAAUAUUGGCGCGAAUCGAGUCUCUCAACGAUCUGCGCGCAUGUACUAGAGCACAGCUCAUCACGCUCCAUCGCAGCGUUUUGAGACUUCAUCCAAGGUGCCAGCCGAAAAAAGCUGACCUGAUCGCCGCCCUGACGCUGGAAAUAUCAAAAGAGAUUGAAAGUAGGAAUCAGCACGCGGAGCCUCACGCUGAACUGCCCGGCGUACCGGUGCCAGCGCCCAUCAACGCAAUUGACGCAGAAAUGCUCAAAAUCGCCCACAUCGAGCCGAUGACGGAGACUCAAACGUCACUCGAGCCGAUGCCGAUGGGCAAAAUCUCCAAAACUCUAAAAAAUUCUCUAAAAUUUGCCAAAAUUUUAGAGUUUUAG